GAGAGCCGGGGGUGCGGGAGGCUGGGCCCUGGAGGGAGCAUGGCAGCCGGGAGCAUCACCACGCUGCCCGCCUUGCCCGAGGAUGGCGGCAGCGGCGCCUUCCCGCCCGGCCACUUCAAGGACCCCAAGCGGCUGUACUGCAAAAACGGGGGCUUCUUCCUGCGCAUUCACCCAGACGGCCGAGUUGACGGGGUCCGGGAGAAGAGCGACCCUCACAUCAAAUUACAACUUCAAGCAGAAGAGAGAGGAGUUGUGUCUAUCAAAGGAGUGUGUGCUAACCGUUACCUUGCUAUGAAGGAAGAUGGAAGAUUACUGGCUUCUAAAUGUGUUACGGAUGAGUGUUUCUUUUUUGAACGAUUGGAAUCUAAUAACUACAAUACUUACCGGUCAAGGAAAUACACCAGUUGGUAUGUGGCACUGAAACGAACUGGGCAGUAUAAACUUGGAUCCAAAACAGGACCUGGGCAGAAAGCUAUACUUUUUCUUCCAAUGUCUGCUAAGAGCUGAUUUUAAUGGCCACAUCUAAUCUCAUUUCACAUGAAAGAAGAAGUAUAUUUUAGAAAUUUGUUAAUGAGAGUAAAAGAAAAUAAAUGUGUAUAGCUCA